GCUUUGUGUCCUGGUAGCUGAGCACGGGUCAGCGAAAUAUUCCUCCGCAUCGGUUGCAAACGUAGCCCUACAAUGAAGAAAGACAAACAGUAACUUUGACAUAAGUCAUUAUAAGAAGUAAAACAGUAUACAUAGUACAUGAAUGUAUCAGUGGUUUGUUGCGAUUAAUGAGAAGAACUAUUUUUCCUGCUUUUCGAAGGGAACUACUUUUCCUCUCCCAUGGAUAACAGGGUGUGGUUAGGACAUAUUAGAACACGGAAGCGGAAUUUCUGAGCUGCUGGAUUUCAUUGACAAAUCUGCAAGAUGUCGGGUUCUGAACGAUCUCACGCCGAGAUCGAACCUCACAUCACCAAGAAGUACGAGAUCAAGAAGAGGCUCGGGAAAGGGGCAUAUGGCAUUGUGUGGAAAGCUAUUGACAGAAAGACAGGAGAGGUGGUGGCACUGAAGAAAAUAUUUGAUGCUUUUAGGAACAGAACUGAUGCACAGCGAACGUUCCGAGAGAUAGCGUUUCUUCAGGAGUUUGGAGACCACCCCAACAUCAUCAAACUUCACAAUGUCAUCAAAGCAGAGAACGACAAGGAUAUCUACCUAGUAUUUGAGUUCAUGGACACAGACCUGCACAAUGUGAUUAAGAAAGGCAGCAUCCUGAAGGACAUCCACAAGCGUUACAUCAUGUACCAGCUGCUGAAGGCCAUGAAGUACAUGCACUCAGGGAACGUCAUACACAGAGACCAGAAGCCUUCAAAUAUUCUUCUAGACAGUGACUGUUUCGUGAAGAUAGCAGAUUUUGGACUGGCCAGGUCAAUAACCCAGCUAGAAGAAGACACUACAGACCCCGCCCUGACAGAGUACGUGGCCACACGGUGGUACAGGGCACCUGAGAUCCUGCUGGCCUGCCAGAGAUAUACCAAAGGUGUAGACAUGUGGAGUGUGGGCUGUAUCCUGGGGGAACUCCUGAUAGGAAAACCCCUGUUCCCUGGCUCCUCCACCAUCAAUCAAAUUGAGAAAAUCAUGGCUUCAAUAGAACCACCAAACAGACAAGAUGUAAGCAGUAUACAGUCUGCAUAUGGGGCUUCUAUCCUGGAGAAGGCAGCAGUAAGACCAAAGAGGUCAUUUGAGGACAUGUUGCCAGGCCAGCCGGCAGAUGCCCUUGACCUGCUCAGGAGGCUUCUCGUGUUCAACCCUGAGAAAAGGCUGACAGCAGAACAGGCUCUGCAGCAUCCUUACGUAGCCAGAUUCCACAAUGCCAGUGAUGAGCCAGCGCUGGAUUAUGAUGUAGUGCCUCCACUAGAUGAUGAUGUCCAAUUGUCUGUGUCUGAGUACAGGAGCAAGCUGUAUGAACUCAUCAUGGAGAAGAAGACCAUAGUCCGUAGACAGCGCCGGACGUUGUUGAAAGAGCGACAGCAGACACAGCAGCAGCAGCCACGCCAGGGCUCAGCUGGCUCCCAGAAACACUCUCCUAAACAGUCGCCUAAAGAGAAACCCUCCCCCAAAGAUGUGGUCAUGGACGAGGUGCCAUCAAAACCCUCCCCCAAGGUGUCUCCCAGGAAUAGAACAUCUAAUGGACACACGGGGGUAGCAUUUGGAAGAACUACAAAGGAGCCUGCACCUCAGCCCAGCCCUUUCAAAGCCAGGUCCACUCUUCAGAGACAACGUAGUUAUGAAAAUCUUCAGGCAGGUUAUUCUGGCUUGAACACCAGCAGUGCCCGUUCCGCCCCUGUUGGAGGGCGCAGGGGGAGAACCAUGUCUGCAACCAAGGCAGCAGCUCUCCAGAACAACAUCCUGACCAGGAAGGAUGACCCUGGUCUGGCCAUCACCUCUUCAGCUUUGCAACCUGGCCAGAGGCCAACCUCUGCAAAGGUGGAAACCAGACCAAGGCUCCAAAGGAAGCAGCUCGGGCCUCACCCCAAUGUGUCUGGAGCUGGAUCCCCCAAGACCAAAUUUGGCAGUUAUACACAGUCGCAUGGUACAAUAUCCAAGAAGGGGCUAGAAAUCUUGAAUUCUCGAAAAUGGUAAAGCAUUUGUGAUAUAUAUUUUUUUGUUCAGGAGCCCUUUGUUUAUGUCCUGAAUUGAGCAUAUUUUGGACAAACUGCUAGCUGUAGAUUGUUAAAUUUCUUUUGUUCAAUAAUGAGGAAGACAUUUUUUUAAGUAUACAUUAAGUAUACAUUGCAACUCUUAUUGCAACUCUUGACAUUUUAAGGGGGAAUAUUUUAAGUAUGAAGUAAAUCCAGGGACCAUUUUUAUGAAGGCAUAUUUUUGGUGAAUCACAAUGCACCUUCUAUAAAAUAGUUGUGAGACUUGACUAUCCUGUACUUCUCUCUUCAUGUUAUUUGGUCAAGCAUGAGUCAUUUGUAUAACUGUUUUGGUCAGCCAUGUAUUUUAUCAGUGUUACAAGUCUUUCUUUAUCGUGUGAAGAAGUUGUUUCUCUAUUCUGUUGAAGACAAAUUGAGUCUUGCUGCUAUGUCUAGUAUAGUGUUGUAUACUGUGAAAACUUUCAAACAUUGUAUCCCAGCAAGGCUAAGUGAUCAUACCUGUAAAUACAAGUGUAAUUGUGGUGGAAAUUCCAAUUGAGGUAUUGCAACUAAAGUCUUGUUUUGUAGCUACAAUAUUGGUACAGACAAGGCAGAUGUGGAUGAUAGUUCCAUUUUAGCUAUGCACAUACAUGUACCACUUGUAUAUCCAUCUUUGAAAUGGACUUGCUUAGUUGAAGUGUAAUGCUGUGACAUGCAUGUACAUGUAUCAAGCUCUGUGAUUGGUGAGCAAUUCCUACCAAUCAUGACACGACACAGUUGCUGGUGGGUGUCACAAUCAGUGCUUACAAGGUACCUGAAGCUGCUGACAAUCACUGUAAUCUCGUGAAAGCAAUAACAUAGGGGGCAGAUUUGUAAUCUUGGGUGAACAUUAAAAAUUAUAAGGUCUGUCAUUCCAGAGAAAAUCUCAGAUGAUGAGCUAAUGAUCUGUAUAUAUUGUGAACUAUGCCACUAGGUACUAUCUUUCUAUUGUGGUUCUCUACUGGUACCUAAACCUGUGCAUAAGUGCUAGUACUUUGCUGUAUAAUCAUUGACACUGUGUACCCUGUUUUGUGCCUUGUAUUUUUUUCUCCCUCCUCUACAAGUUAAUCCUUUAUCGUAUGUAAAAAAAUUAGAUAAACAGCUGUCAACAAAAUAAAGGGAAAGCUGGUACAGACCCUCUUCAUCACAUUAUUAGUUGAGUAAAUAGGACAUUUCAGAUUGUGUCACUGUAGUUAAGUUAGGCUGUUUUCACACACGCUGAUACUGUAUGUUUGAAAUCUGAUAAUAUUAAUCUCGUUGUCAGCCAUGGUAAAGAGCUUUUUAAUAGUACUGGGCACAAAAGUGAAAGCCUGCCAAACCUGUGAGGUUGUUUUGGUUGCCAUUUUCUCACAGAAUUGUACAGAGUAACUAAAAGGAGGGUGUGUUCUGUCACAUCUUAUGUACAAUGUAUGUUUAGUGUGGCAUGUUAUGUGACAUCUUUUAUGUAAGAUAUGAUUUCAAGGUUCUAUAGCUAGGUAGGCAAUUCUGGACUUUUCUUCAUGUAACAUACUUAAACUUGACGUGAAUAAAGAGAUUUUCAA